AUGCCCUGCCCUGACCGAUGCCCGGACUGCUUGCUUGACCAGAACUACUUCCCUGACUGCUUCCCUGGCCCUGUCCGAUUCCCUGACCAUAACCGCUUCCCUGGCCAGAACCGCUUCCCUGACCGAUGCCCUGACUGCUUGCUUGGCCCUGUCCGCUUCCCUGGCCAGAACCGCUUUCCUGGCCGAUGCCCUGUCCACUUCCCUGGCCCUGGCCGCUUCCUUGACAACUGCCCUGUCCGCUUCCUUGACCAGAACUGCUUCCCUAACCGCUUCCCUGGCCCUGUCCGCUUCCCUGGCCAGAACCGCUUCCUUGACCACUGCCCUGUCUGCUUCCCUGGCCCUGUCCGCUUCCAUGACCAGAACCGCUUCCCUGGCCCUAACCGCUUCCCUGGCCCUGUCCGCUUCCCUGGCCAGUACUGCUUCCCUGGCUGA